AUGAGCCCGGUUAACCGAGAUCUAAAGAAGAAUGAGAUGGGGUUUAAUAAUCUCAUUGCAUUAACAAUCACUCGAACAUAGAACCAUAUCUCCACGCAAUCGUGUAAUUGAUCGCCCACAUGCACUGAAAUAUAAUAAAUUAUUAAUCAAUCAUACUUGCGAGCUAAGCAGAAAUAAAGACGUGGGCAUUAUUGUUUUACAAUGCUCCGCGACCUAUAUUAGAUUCCUUACAUCGGAAAGUGUUCGCCGCGAUACUAUUCAUCUGUCUGCUAUGAGGAUUGGGAUUGACAGACACGUUAUUCUUCCGAUAUUCUUCGUUUUGUUCCUGUUUCCAGGGAAUUCGAAGCAAGAGAAAGAAGCGGAAUGUGCGAAGGGUUCUCAAUACUGGAGCAAGUCAUUUCUAAAUAAGAAGGGAACGUGUGUUGAAUGUCCUUUAUAUUGGGAAAACUGCUAUGAUCAGCCAAAAAACGACCAAGAACGCUGUGUGGAUUCCUGCCGGCAUGAUGUCAAAUCCGCACUGGAAGUCAUCUCGAUAUCUCCAACGAGUUCGGAGCUAAGGCAUUCUUCCACAGUGUCCAUAUCUGUGGGAAUUUCGUCAUUAACUAGUUCCUCUCCACCAAAGCUUCCAUCUAGCAACGAACAACCGCUAUGGCUAAUGUUACUUCUUGGGGGCGUUUUGUUGCUCGCGAUUCUGAUCAUAACUGUGUUUAUGGUCAAAAAAUGCCGAUCGCGAAAGAAAAUGACUGAAAGCGAAGAAAUUUUAACCCUUCAGCGACCAAUUCAAGCAACCGUUUCUAAUUUAAGGUUGGGAGGAAUCCAAGAUACCGAAAAUGAAGACAUGGUUUGAUUUCAGCGAUGCAACGAUUCUUAUCGCUCACUUAUCAUGAAAUGAUUAUUCAUUUUGGUAGACCUCUCUGCCUCUGGAGGCAAUUAAAUUUUCUUUAAAUUACGCUUUCCGCGAUUAUGAAAAAAGUCUUUUGAUUCCGCGGUUUGCAAAUAAGCUUCCCCUGUACAUGUUUUUUUAUCAGAACACAGUGAAAUAAUAUUUAUCUAGUUUUUUAAAAAAUAUUUAGACAAUAGUAUAUAGAAUAUUAUGCACGCGCAACAUGCCGUGACAUUUUAUUUAAAUAUUUGCGUGCAUGCACUCAAAUUUAUUUGAAACAAUUAAAGUAUUUCUAAUAAAGAAUUCUUACGAUUUAGCCCCUAUAUUGUAAGUAUUGACUUACAAUAUUGAAGAAUAUAUAGACUUAGGAAACUGUUGAUAUAACCGCAUGCAAGUCUAGUGGCAAUGCGGAAAGCGCGGGAAAAGGAUAUAAUAUUUAAUGCAUGCAUGCAUCAAAACUUGCUGUCAUGACAAGUUAGUUACUCGUGUUUUUUCGUGGACAUAUACCAAACUCUAUUAUUAAGAUUUCAUCAAAAUUUCAUCGGAUUCGUGAAAAACAAUUGCGAAUCGUGUUUAACGAUUUUGUAGAAAAGGUGUAACUAAUGCUGACUUCCGCCGGUUCGUCUGCCCGGCGAACGGGUUUUGUCUUAUGCCCGCUCUUUGAAGCAUAUAUUCAUAGUUAAAAUGCCAUUUUGCAGUCAUUUCCUAUCGCCCGGUAUUAAUUAAAACGCAUGUGUUUGUAUACAAGAUAAUCUUUUUAUUGCUUCAAAACUUUAAAUUGACAUUGCUCAAAAAUAUGACAUGUCAUCAAAAUUAAAUGUUUUAAAAUUUAUCUCAUGAUCUUAGCGAAAAACCAAGCAAAAUGAAUUGGCUAUAGUUAGAUUUAUAGCAUAG